UGUUUGUUUUCCUGCAGCAGGAUUGUGGUCAAAGCCGCCGUGUCAGUGGCUGAGCAGCAGUAAGCAGAGCAGCAGCCUUCCACAGGAGAGAUAGUUCCCAGCCCAAGAAAGAUGAGUUUAAGGAAAGAAAAAAGCCCAAAUGAUCAGACAAAGGAGGUGUAUCAAAGAGGAUUUGUAAGGCAAAGGUCUGUCUUGAGUGUAAAGAUCCUCCCACGUUCUCACACUGAUGUUUCCUCUUUGAAAAGAAGAUCUAAACCCUUAAAAGCAGAAGUUGCUUUGCAAAGAAGAACAGAGGGAGGGAGAGGAGACGAAGGGGGUAAACUACAGGAGCUGAAGCUGUGCUGAAGGACCUGGCUGUGUCUUUUCUAAGAGCAGUGGAGCAGCGUUGGCCUGUGACACUGGAAAGCCCAGAGCUGGUGAUCUGAUCCUUGAGUAAACAAAUGUAAUUCCUGUGAGGAAGAAGCAGCCCCAAAAUGUUCUGUGGCUCUGGGUUGAUUGAGAAGGGAGAGGGGCACAGCUGGGCCUGACUGGUGCUCAGCAUGGACCGGGCUGGAGAUGUCGCUCAGUGGGUAGAUGCUUUGCUACUGAGUCUCGAGGAGGCACUGGAGUGCAGGUGAAGAUGGUAACCCUGGGCUGAGUUUUGCUCCUGAGUCCAAUUUCACAUCCAGCUUGAGUGGAAGGAGCGUUUUCCCAUGGGUGGUGUUUAGUGAAGCUGCUGGAAGGAGAGAGGGAGUUGUGCCAUCUCAGUUUGCGUGUGAUGUGCGUGUGCCAUGGCCCCGGUGUAGCUGCCUGCCAGCAGUUCCCUGCACAUCACCACCAAGGACUUCCCCAACCUUGGAUCUACAGUAGAGUUUCUGUGAUGCUGACUUCAGACACACUCAUUUGGGAGAACUCCUGCCUCACACUUCAGUCUGGCUGCUGCUGAGCGAGUCUCGAUGCCAACAGCAGGGCCUGGCCUGGCUGCUGGUUGCCUUUGUGGUGCAGAAGAGCAAGUUGGAGGGCUGGAGCUCUGAUGCUGUCCUUGCUGCCUGGGGCCCUUGUCCUGCUUGGGCUCCUGAAUAAUGAAGAGCUGGCCACCUUUGUCCUCGCAGGCGUGUCCAUGUGCACCCCAGCCAGGGCUGCAGAGGCCAUCAGGGAGGAUCUGGAGAAGACAGAGCCAGGGAAGAGACCCUGAGGCUUUGCCAAAGGCCUCAGUGUGCAGCCUGGUGCUAUGAGAUGCUCCCUGAAGCGCUCCCUCACAGCUGCACUUGCAGCCUCCUUCCUCCUCCUCCUUUUCUUCCUCCAUGGGGGCAGGUGGCAGGAACAGGAUCCCCUGGAGGUGGAGUUUAGGAGCUCAUCUUCUGAUCCGGCCCUGCAGACACUGCCACUGGAAGGGGCCCAGCUCAUCCUCAGGGACAGGGAUGACCUCUCCGUGCUCCAAAACAUGUCCUACCAGCUCCUCGCAGGCUCUCUGCCACCCCACAAAAAGUUCCUGGCCGUGGGACUGGCGUCGGUGCGGCGGCCACGUGGCUUCUACCUCCCGGCCACGCUGCAGUCCCUCUUCACGCAGUCGACGGCGGAGGAGCUGCAGGACAUGGUGGUUGUGGUGCACUUGGCCGACACAGACCCGCAGUGGAACGCGCAGGUGGCCGCCGGCAUCGCCCACAAGUUUGCUCAGCACGUCCUGCUGGGCCGGCUCCUGCUGAUCCACGCGCCCCGGGAGUUCUACCCCACCCUGGAGGGCCUCAAGAGAAACUACAACGACCCCGAGGAGAGGGUGAAGUUCAGGUCCAAGCAGAACGUGGAUUACGCCUUCCUCGUCGCCUUCGCCGCCAACCUCUCCUCCUACUACCUGAUGAUCGAGGACGACGUGUGGUGCGCCAAGUCCUUCGUGACGGCCAUCCGCAAGGCCGUGGCUGCCUGGGAGGGCUCCAGCUGGGCCACCCUCGAGUUCUCCAAGCUGGGCUACAUCGGGAAGCUCUAUCGCUCCGGCGACCUGCCCCGCCUGGCGCGCUUCCUCCUCCUCUUCUACCAGGAGAUGCCCUGCGACUGGCUGCUGAGCCACUUCCGCCUGCUGCUCACCCAGAAGGACGUGAUCCGCUUCACCCCCUCCCUCUUCCAGCACAUGGGCCUCUACUCCUCCUUCCAGGGCAGCGUCAACCGCCUGGAGGACGACGAGUUCCAGGCGGACGCCUUGGACCUCCCGGACAACCCUCCGGCGGCCUUGUACACCGACAUGUCGGUGUUUGAGAACUACAGUCCCCUCAAGGCUUACAGCACGGCCGAGGGCUACUUCUGGGCCAAGCACCCGGCCGCCGGCAGCGUCCUGUGCGUGGUGUUCCAGCGGCCGAGCCGCGUGUCCCGUGUGCGGGUGCGCACGGGCUCCGAGGAGCGCCGCGGCGACGUGCUGCGCGCAGGGCUGCUGGAGCUGGGCCGGCGGCGCCUGGCCCACGGCAGGGACUGUGCUGCCUACACCCCCGUGGGCGCCUUCCACAAGGGCGGCUUUGAGCGCAGGGGGCUGGAGAGCGCCGUGGCCGGGCCCGUGGAGUGCGUGAGGAUCCGCGUAACCCAGGACCAGAGCGAGUGGCUCAUCAUCCAGAGCAUCGACAUCUGGACGGUGCCAGACACCUGAGCCCCGAGCUGGCAGCUUUGCCAGAGCCCAGGCAGCUUCUGCUGAACAGUUCCUUUCUUUUUCUCUCUUUUGGUGAGUUCAACUGCUGCCUCCUCUCUCUGGAGGGAGGUGGAAGGGGGUGGGAGCAGCACCCCCCAGGCUGUGCCUGCUCGGGGGGAUGCCCCAGUGAGCAGUGCAGGGGCACAGGGAGGAGCAGAGGCCUGGGAGUUCCAGGCUGAGCAGUUUCCUCCCAGGGAGGAUGGGGUACAGGGCAAAGCUAAUUAAUAAACAUCAGCCUUGGAGAUAGUGCAAAGCCGUGGAGCUGAGGUGCUGAGGGCUGUGGGUUAGUGGGGGGCUGAGCAGGGGGAGAGGGUGGACUCCAGGGUUUUACAAGUAUUUUCCAACCAAAACGAUUCUGUGAAGCCAAAGAAUGAACCAGUGGCGUUUUGUGCAACCGCUCCACAGCAUCCCCUGGCCAGCAGAUGGACCCCCAGCCCCACAGGCCCUACCCACGGCUCUGCUCCAGCUCCUGCUUGGCCUUCAGACCCCACAAAUGGAUUUCUCCCCCAUCCCCCCAACCCUUUUUCCCCCCCUCUCAGGGGGCUGCAGGUCCCAGGGAUGACACCCUCAGUCCAUCAGGGACUCACAGUGAGGGAAGUGGGGUUUCCAAGAGGAGAAAGGUGCAAUGACUCUGUACCACAGAAGGAGGAAAAGGUCAUCUUGCUAUAACAUGAAGCCCUGGGUAUGUUUUAGCCCAGUGAGGUGCUGAAGGGUCCUGGGAUACACACAGCUGUAGGCAAAACCCCGACAUAAAAGCUUCAGUUUGGA